AUGAUGUCAUCACCCUAUGUGGAUAAUGCCAGUUUAUUCGGACUGAUGGAACGCUGUCUUAAGUCCUUGAGUUCCGACAUUGAGGUCCCACAAAUCCUAAGCGAUCUUCUGGCUCAGGACACUUAUACACCGGUCGUUAGUGGUUACAAUAGCCAGAAAGCCAGCUUGAUCUACGACCUACUCUCCGUUGGCCUUACUGAAGUGGUAGAUGAAGGCCAAAGCGCAGUCAACGCACCUGCUUUAUCAAAGCUUACCCAGCCAAACCAUCUUGAUGCAUUCGACGUCGCCAUGCGCAAACAGGUUAAGAUGGCCAUAGAACAGAGUCAUGCUUCCACAUUAACCGCCGCUUCUGCGCGUGAACAAGACUGGGCGACCAUAAAGGAACUACUUUGGCCAAUUGCCGAUAGACUCUCGAUGUCGGGGACACAGCUUCUCGAGGUCGUGUUCCAACUCCUGACCUCCGAUCGAUCCAAUGACGAUAUUCAAAAUGAACUUCUCGAUUUACUCGGACUGGACCACUUCGACGCUGUCUCCAAUCUCAUCACCGAUCGUGCUGCCUGGGCUCUCUGGUACAAAAGGUACCGAAUAGAUCCCCUGGGUGUUCAAAAUGACGGUGAUUCGCAACAGAGGACAAGGAAGGGCAAGGUAAGCCUAACAUUCAGCAUGGCUGGAGGAACUCCCCGGGGACAGAAAAACCCUUCCUUAGCCCCCAGGUUCCUUAGAGUAAAUCUUCUUAUCUUAUGA